AUGUCCAACAACAAUGACAGCUGCAACCUCCCCCUGAACACCGACACACUUGGUCUCACCUACAUCUACAGCAUGGCCUUCUCACUGGGUCUCCCUUGCAACUUGCUGUCCCUCUGGGGACUGUACCAACUGGGCCGCUCCGGUGGGGGUGGCUGCCAGCUGGUCUACAUCCUCAACCUGCUGCUUUCUGACCUCCUCCAGCUGCUCACCCUCCCCCUCUGGAUCCUCUACCUCCAGGGGGCGCACCGAUGGCCCUACGGCCGCCCCUCCUGCGAGUUCGUGGGCUACGUCUUCUACGUCAAUGUCUACGCUAGCGUGGUGUUCCUCUGUUUGAUAGCGUUGGACCGUUGCCUGGCGAUAGUACACCCAUUGAGUAGUCGUGGCGUGCGGACGGUGCGGGUGGCGGCAGUGUCUGGAGUGGCGGUCUGGACGCUGACCUUCCUGUUCUGUUUAGGCGGGUUGCUUCCAUCGGUGUUCGACGCGGAGAGGCUGCUGUGUCUGGAGCAGUACCCCGUCAGCCUCAGAUAUGCCCACUUUAAGAUCGCUACAGUCAUCAUGGGGUUCCUGCUGCCCUGUGGUAUACUGGGGUGAGUGGGAAACUGAGUAUGAGGAAUGAUUGGCUGACUCAAUGUGUGAUUUCAUAAGGAAAUAGAGGAAUGUUGCCGGUACUCUGCAAAAUGUAUGUCCCUUUAAAGUUUUUCAAUAACAAUUUGUCUGUAUGUGUUGAUAUUGGACAACCAACAUUAAGUUGCUUUUAUAUACACAUGUAGUAACUAUAUAAACUAGAAACACCAUUGUAAUAACAUGUUCUUAGAUGGAAAAUUAUGUAUGGCUAUUAGAAGGGUCUUGACAAAUGGAAAUCUUGAAAAAGAAAAGGAGAGCAGCACACUCUAGGAGCUCAGAUGCAAUAAUUGAAUAUCCUCUUUCAGGUACAGUCUCGCAAAAAGAACCAUUCUUGCAUUCUAACUACAUGCUAUUCAAAGUGCUCUGAACAAAUUAAGGGAAUCAUUCACAAACAUUGGCACAUUCUAAGAUCCGAUGACAGUAUUGGUAAUGUGUUUUUGGACCCUCCAUUGGUUGUAUUCUCGCGGGGCAGAAACCUCUGAGAUCAAGUGGUUAACUCUGAUUUACCACCCCUAAAUAUCCCUGCACAACAUCUAUUUGCGCCUCUACCGGAUGGAAACUACAAGUGUAACGGCUGCGCUCAAUGCAAUGGCACUUAGAAAUGUAGAUCCUUUAAACACCCCCAAACAGGGAAACAGAUCCCAAUCAAAGGUGUUGUCACGUGCUCCACUAAGGCAGUUAUUUAUCUUAUAACUUGUCCUUGUGGUAAACAUUAUGUGGGUAAAACAAAGCUCGUAUUAAAAGUACGAAUCUCUGAGCAUCGUAGCACCAUUAGGUGCAAAAACUCGACAUACCCAGUCACUGCCCACUUUUUGGAAGCGAACCACUCGAUUUCGUCCCUACGUUAUAUCGGCAUCGAACAUGUCACCCUCCCUAGGAGAGGGGGUGACCUCGACAACUUAUUGUUAAAACGAGAGGCUGCCUGGAUCUUUAAUUUAAAGACCCUUGCUCCCUUCGGUCUCAACGUAGACUUUGAUUUGAAACCAUUCUUACAUUUACAUCAUUUAGCAGACGCUCUUAUCCAGAGUGACUUACAAAUUGGUGUAUUCAACUUAUGAUAGCCAGUGGGACAACCACCUUUUUUUUAAUGAGGGGUGGGGGAAGAAGGAUUACUUUAUACUAUUCCAGGUAUUGCUUAAAGAGGUAGGGUUUCAAGUGUCUCUGGAAGGUGGUCAGUGACUCCGCUGUCCUGGCGUCGUGGGGGAGCUUGUUCCACCAUUGGGGUGCCAGAGCAGCGAAUAGCUUUGACUGGGCUGAGCGGGAACUGUGCUUCCAUAGAGGUAGGGGAGCUAGCAGGCCAGAGGUGGAUGAACGUAGUGCCCUCGUUUGGGUGUAGGGUCUGAUCAGGGCCUGAAGGUAAGGAGGUGCCGUUCCCCUCACAGCUCCGUAGGCAAGCACCAUGGUCUUGUAGUAGAUGCGAGCCUCAACUGGAAGCCAGUGGAGUGUGCGGAGGAGCGGGGUGACAUGAGAGAACUUGGGAAGGUUGAACACCAGACGGGCUGCAGCGUUCUGGAUAAGUUGUAGGGGUUUAAUGGCACAGGCAGGGAGCCCAGCCAACAGCGAGUUGCAGUAAUCCAGACGGGAGAUGACAAGUGCCUGGAUUAGGACCUGUGCCGCUUUCUGUGUAAGGUAGGGUCGUACUCUGCGAAUGUUGUAGAGCAUGAACCUGCAGGAUAAUCUUGUGAUUAUUGUGAUUUUGCUAUUCAUUGUAAAAGUUUGUGGGCCUAUGUAGCCAAGUUUUAUCUAUGAUCGUAUGCUAUCCAUGUUUUUUGUGUGUUCUGUUUAACUGUGAAUUAACCAAUGCUAUUAGGCCACACCCGGCCAUGAUUACAGACACCUGUGUGUGUCCUUUGACACUAUAUAAACUAGUGAUCCGCAGUGUUUGUCAUUAUACCCUGAUGAAGACAGCUUGUCUGUCGAAACGUUGGUUAUUAGGAUAUUAAAUUAUUGCAUCUGAGCUCCUAGAGUGUGCUGCUCUCCUUUUCUUUUUCAAGUGUUUUACUCAGUUAGCCAGCACCUCGCUUAAAUAGGUGUGCGUUUCUUUCGCCUCUAUAUUAAAUGGUCAUAUCUAACAUAUUUAUCUGAUACAGAUGACCUUUGACGUUGGCCUUUGUAUUUCUCUCGCUUUCUUCAGUUACACCUCCGUCCGCAUCGGGGUGACCCUCCAACAGUCGCCCUCCGUCUCCGACCAGGACCGUCACAAAAUCACUGGCAUCCUUGUCGUCAUCACAGUCAUCUUCAUCGUCGUCUUCGGACCCUACCAUCUGGUCGGGGGGUACCGUUUCGUCUCCCUCCUCCUCAUAGACGACCCCUGCGAGUUGGAACAGUCCAUUUUCCUGUGCUACCGGCUGUGCUACGGUCUGACCAGCCUCAACACCCUGCUGGACCCUCUGUUCUACAUCUUCCUGUGUCACGACGCCCGUCUGGAGCUCCAAAGGUCCCUAAUGCCCUGUCUGGGACGGGGGCACACAGCCCCCAAACAGGUCAGACUUAGUCUCAGAGGGCAUCCUGAUCCGAGUGACAGUGUGUAA